AUGCCGAACAGCGCCGUCAAGCCAGCGUCUCCAUCAAGGGAGACGUCGGUCUCCAUCGUCCGACGAUGGCCCAACUCCAGCCAGUGCUCGACCUCGGGCCGCGUCCUGUUUGAUGCCUUCCUGGCCACCCUCACCACCGCCCCACGCGCUAUUGUUACCUCCCUCCGUAUGUACACUGGCCACGUGACCAGCCAGCUCGAUGAAGGCAAGGUCCUGUCCGCUGUUUUGCACGACAACCGCAACCGCACCAUCGAGCGAGGGCUACAAGGCGUCGUUCGCCUCAAGAUCGACACGGACACACGUCAACUGAUCUGGGGCCUAGCGUCCCACGAAGCGGCGUCGCUCCUCGAGAACACCGCAUUCAACAUCCCGACCAAGGACGGCAAGCAGUCGUUUACGAUGACGUCGCCGCACGUGCUCGAUGGCUUUCACGCCGAGAUCGUCGGAUUCGACGUAGACACUCCGUCCCUCGCGUAUCUCUGGGACGUACUCGCGAAAUGCGGCGCGAUGCCCAUCGCGGGGAUGUACACCAACACCUCCAAGACGUACGGGUCUACCGGCAGUCGCUACCGCAUCUCGUUCCACGACAGCCAAGUGCCGGCGGUGUUCAAGAAAGCAGGCCGCCUGAUCGACGAGAUCGUAUUCCUUGGCCGUCUCUACCGCGUGUACCCCAAGGGCUGGUUCGCCAACCGCGAACGGCGCUUGAACCGCGCGGAUCUCGACCAGUACGCGCGCGAUGCCAAGCGCGUCGACCUGAACCCCGACCCCUGGACGUACGUGUCGAAGGGAGCCACCAUGGGCUCCAACGGCAACCAUCGCAGCUGGAUCUCGCCCAAUAUGUACGACGCGCUCGAUGCCCACGUCUCGCUGACGACCCAGACGGUGUACAGCGCCGACAUGGGCGACCUCUCGAUCCUCCCGCACAUCCAGCGCCGCCCCGAUGCACCGAGCCUGCCUGCCACAGGCGCAUUCGUCGGUGGCACCAAGGUCAAGGCCAACAAGCUAACCCGAGUCGACAUCCCGCUCCAGACCGUGCUGGACGACUUUGCCGCGCUCGACAAAGCAGCUACCACCGCCAAGGCCGAGUUCGAAGCGACGUGCCAGAAGGUGAGUGCCUGCACGACGCUCGACCUGGCGCGCUACAUCCGAGCCGGCGAGGCCGACUGGAUCCAGCGUGAUCUCGAGGCGCAUCCCCUC